AUGCCGUCUGACCGUGUUCUUAAGAAUCGCUUCAAACCUCGUUCUUCCAAGACAGAGCAGCGCAACGCCCUUCUCGGCGUUAUACUGGGAAGUUCCGCCAUCAUGCCUGAAGCAUGCUCGUCUUGCCGUUCUCGUGGUUUCACGGAUUGCCAAAUAUCGGUGUCCGACUCGUCACGUUGUUAUGACUGCGUUCGCCUGAACCUAUCCUACUGCGAUGCCAAGGGGCUUUCGGUCCAGCAGCUCCGCAAGAUUGGCGCACAGCACCAAAAAAUAGAGUCUGAGCUCGAGGCUGCGGAGGAGGAGCGUCGCAAGUUGGAUGCCAAAGUGGAGCGGUUGCGGAAGCAAAAGAAGAUGUGGUUCGAGAGAAUGAUGCAGGCGGUUUCUCGUGGUCUUGAUAGUGUCGAGGAGUUGGAGCGCGUCGAGCGCGAGGAAGCGGAGAGGGAGCAGCGUCGAGUUAGUGAGGUGCAGCCGUGUUCCCCUCAUUCUGAUCGGUUGCCUUCGGAGUUUGUCGGAGACUGGGACGCUGUCCACCCCGAGGUAGCGCUCUCCGUCUUUUCUGGCUGA